AUGGCCGAUUCCUACGUCGGGGGGGUGCAAAUCAAGCAGUUCACCGAGGUGAAGGAGGAAGACGAUGCUCCUCCAACGUUCGUCUUCGAGCAGCAGCUGCAGGCCGAGUCUGUAUCUGCUCUCGAGCUCGACAUGUAUACAGCUGGAAAGAGCAUCAGCUGGGGCUUUGGUCCAGUCAAUGUCAGCGGCGCCUUGGACACUUCGACAUGGGAGGCAUCGCUCGAGGUCAGCGUUCUGGGCAUCAGCAUUGGCAAGGCCAGCGGGAGUCUCAUCAAGGGAAUCACUCUUCGUAUCUCCUUGUUCGUCGCGAGCGGUGAAAUCACCUUCUGGAAGAAGGGUUCAGAGUUCUGGAUCAAAGUCACCCUCAGCGGCCUUGGCAAGUCAUGGAACUUCGAGAAGAAGAUUUUCUAG